AGGGCCCUUCUUCUCUGCUAUCCUCAGCCUGCUGGAAACACAGGGGCAGGAACUUUGACCGGUUAGCAGCCUAGCUAGCUGUUUUCUGUAUUAUUUUCAUAUUUGUGUGUGUUGUUUCACAUGCAGAGAGAUGUGGUUUAUUUAUUUACUCAGCUGGCUGUCGUUAGUCAUCCAGAUAUCCUUCGUCACUCUAGCAAUAGCUGCCGGCCUGUACUACUUGGCCGAACUAAUAGAAGAAUACACAGUAGCCACAAGUCGAAUAAUAAAGUACAUGAUAAUGUUCUCGACAGGUGUGCUGGCAGGUCUCUAUCUUUUUGAAGGUUUCCCAGUGUUGAUGGUGGGAGUCGGCCUCUUCACCAACCUGGUGUACUUCGGCCUCCUGCAGACGUUCCCCUACAUACUGCUGAGCUCCCCAAACUUCAUCCUCUCCUGUGUGUUGGUGGUGGUUAACCAUUAUAUGGCCUUCCAGUUCUUUGCACAAGAGUAUUAUCCAUUCUCGGAGGUGCUGGCGUACUUCACCGUCUGCUUGUGGGUGAUCCCCUUCGGCUUCUUUGUGUCACUGUCAGCGGGGGAAAAUGUGCUUCCGUCCACCAUGCAACAAGGAGACGAUGUGGUGUCUAAUUACUUCACCAAGGGCAAGAGGGGGAAGAGGUCUGGGAUCCUCCUCGUGUUCUCUUUCCUCAAGGAGGCAGUGCUGCCCAGCCGACAGAAAAUGUACUGAGGAGCUCAGACUCGGGGGUGCAGCCUCGGGGGUCGGGUGGGUGCGGGGGGGGGGGGGGGGGGGGAUGUGUGUGAGUGAGUGUAUGUGUUGAAGAUUGAGGAAAAGCAGGAAGGACUCUGGAAAUGUGUUUCUGGAUGGGACUAAAACAAAACAGUAGAAGAAGAAGAAGAAGAAGGACCAAUGAACAGAACAGAGCUUCCUGCUGGACGAGCCCACGAGUUUACACACAGGCCAUGUUCGUCUCUUUGUUUUUCCGUCUAUCUGUACUGACUGCCAACAACAUCUACUAGAGACCCCUCUGUGGGGAUCUUGUCCGUAGCGCGAUGCUUUCUUAUUCACAUGUUGAGCUUUGGUAUUGAAAUACUGUGUGUAUGUCCAAGGUCUGAAACUAACAACCACCAAAAUACCUGUAAGUUUUGACUUGGGAGAUAAAUAAUUAUUAAUCUUUCUUCUUGAGAUGAGAUCUGCUGUCAUUUGUGUGUUGUAGGACUCACACUUUAUCUGAUUCAAUACAGAAGAGUAGCAUUGAGGACAGCCGAGGAGACAAAAGACGGCUAGUUAGAAGAAGGUUGGAGAUAAAAAAGGUACUUUCUGGCUAAAUCCUGAUAUCCAAGCUUGAAUUUAGGUGUGACGUGUUUUAAAAGGGCAAACCAGCUGCAGGAAAGAUGCCACAGAAGUGCUUAUUAAGAUUAGUUUAAAUGAGGAAGUGCAGUCUAAAGUUAAGUUGCGAUCGAUGGUUUUAAUUACAAGUGACAUGGAGGGAAAUUGGUUAACAAGGGGCACUUUUAUAAUUGAAACUCCCUUAAAUGGAAUUGAGCUACAAUGGAUAUCUCCCAGUCUGGAUCAUUUACAUGUGACCUCAGAAACGAUGCACUGCAUUGAGUCAUUCAUCACCAGCGCUUUAGUCUGUGGUUUUCUUUUUUUGGACUGUUUUUAACAAUUCACAGUAAUAACAAACUGAUUUUUGUACAUUGAUCGUUGAGGUAACCUGACGACAAACAAAAGCACUUGUGAAGAUCGUACCUGUGCAAAGACUCUUGUGAGCGUACGUGUGUCUGGGACAACAGCUGCUCAAAGUGCUAUUAAAGAGACCGAAAUUCUUUUUUUACCAAUUACGGAGUGCGAUUCAUUGUAGGCUGGUAUGCACACAAAUGUAUAAUAAAAGAUUUUGUUGAAAUAA